GGAUUUUGUGUUUGUGAUAUUCAGUAACAUAGCUUUCUCGUGUCAUGCAAAUGAAGCUGCAGAUGAAUAAAAACCAGUCAGUGUUGAAUUAACAGAAGUCGUAGAUACGGAUUCUUUAAAAUCCGCGCCUUUAGCAAUGCACCGUUGCAGUCCGUUUGUAUCGGAUGGUGUUACGACGGAUCGUAUUGUGCUCACACAGUAAUUAAAUACGCAGUUUCUCAUGUCUAGAAAGGGUGAUUCAAAAUGCAGAUAACUGUCAUUGCUUUCCUAAUUUCUUUUGUCACCUGUAUACCACGCGGCAAUGAUAAUAACAAUGACCUUUCAUUGUGGAUUGACGAACAGCAAGUAAAAAUGUUUAGUGGUUUCUCAAUGGAAAUUUAUGCAAUAGCUAAUGGUAGGGUACUCCCAUACAUAUUGGAUCCAAACUUUGAGAAAUAUCUUCCAAUUAUCCCAUCUGAGGUUGGCUAUGUGAAUUUUACCUGGAAAUCAGGGUCAAAGAAAUAUAUUUACAAUUUCGAUCGAUUACAGUCAUUCGAUGAAGCAAUUUUAGACCCUCCUGUUAUCUCUAUCAAGACAAAGGGCAGAAUACCACGUAGACCUAAAGGUUUCAGUGUCUCCUUGCCAUGCUCAGGAAACAGCUCUGGUAUUGCAGCUUUCGGCAUUGGCCUCAUAAUUGAAAGCCGUAAAGGAAAGCCAUUGCCGGGCACACCUCUUCGUCUUCGAUUACGGAAGGAGUGCGCACAGAGGGGUCCUGACCCAGAGUGUGAUAAGAAGUGUGCAAAUGGUGGCUGGUGCAAUCAUGACAAGAUCUGCCAGUGUCCUGAGGGCUACAUGGGACAGCACUGUCAUACAGCCCUCUGCUACCCACAGUGCAUGAAUGGUGGCAGUUGCACCUCUCCUGGCAUAUGCUCAUGCCCAGAUGGCUUUCAGGGUCGUCACUGUGAAGGGGGUAUUUGUGCCGAAAAGUGCCUCAAUGGUGGAAAAUGCAUACAGAAGGACACCUGUGAUUGCCCCAAGGGUUUCUAUGGCUUGCGUUGUGAAUUCUCAAAGUGUAUCAUCCCGUGCCUGAAUGGUGGACGCUGUCGUGGGGUGAACAAAUGUCGAUGUCCUCCAGACUUCCGGGGUGAACACUGUGAGGUCGGACGCCGCUCUUCAUCCGGUGGCUCACACAGUCGAGAAGAAAGAAGGAAAAGACGAUUACGUGGAACACUUUAACUGUUUAUUAACAGUGCAUGGAUACAAAUUUUAACAAUCUUCUUGAACAAUUGCCAAACAUGUAAUGAUAAAGGACAUUCUGCAACCAUUGCUUUUUCCCAGUAAAUAUGUUUGAUAUUAUCCAUAAGUCUCAUUAAAAUUUAAUAGAGAACUAUAAAA